AUGUCGAAAUCUACAGCAGCCGCUUCCACCGCGAGUGGUGGCAUCGCAAAUGGUGUUGGACCCAGUCGUCGAACCUGGGACAAAGAUGACUUUACUCGCAAAGCCAUGUCGCGCGAAAAGCGACAGGCCGAACUGGAUGCAGUCAACUCGGAACGACGCUCCCAAGGCUUACCACCUCUCAAGAGACUGAAAUCCAACGCACCCGAACCCGAGCUCGCCAUGCAGCAGCGUCGUGCUCCGCUCGGACUCGAACGUAAUCAAGGCAAAACCGUCAUGGUUGAUCUCACAGCCGAUUCGGCUAAAGGUCAAACGGGGCCUGGCUUUUACUGUGAAACGUGUCGAAAGCUGCUCAAGGACAAUCUGGCGUAUUUAGAUCACAUCAACGGCAGAUACCAUCUGAUGAGGAUCGGCCAGAGUACGCAACAGGAUAGAGCCACUUUGCAAGAGGUGGAGCAAAUGUUGGACGAAUUGAGAAGCAAGCACGCCGCUGACGCUGAACGUGGUGGUGGUGGUAAAGCGACGGCAAGCGCAUCGUACGAUUUCGAUCAGCGAAUCCAACAGAUUGCCGAACAAGAACAGAAAGCACGAGAAGAAAAACGAGAAAAGAGACGCUUGCGCAAGCAGCAAUCGAAAACGUCAAUAUCCACCACUCAUGCUCAUCCGAUACCAACAACAGCAGCAGCCGAGCAAGACAAUUCCGCCGAAACUGCAAUGAUGGCUGCUAUGGGCUUCGGCGGCUUCGGAUCAACCAAGAAGCGCUAA